AGAUGGCGGCGCCCUUGGUGUCUGCUGAUAUAAUGGAAGACGAAAAUGAUUCUUUGAGUUCCGACGCUGAGUUUGAACCUUCAGAUCUUGGAAAAAAAAACUACUGGGAUAAUGUCUAUGAACAAGAGUUGUCUAACUUCAAAGAGAGUGGUGAUAAGGGUGAAGUAUGGUUUGGUCAUAGUGCAAUGAACAGGGUGAUUAAAUGGAUGAAGGAUAGUCCAUUGGUUGAGAAGGAAGAUAGCAUUCUUGAUGUUGGAUGUGGUAAUGGGGUGUUUCUAAUUGAGCUGGCUAAACUUGGGUAUACGUCUCUGGUAGGAGUGGAUUACUCUGCAUCUGCAAUAAGGCUGGCCGAAGAUAUUGCUGACUCUGAGAAACUGUCAACAAACAUUAUGUUUGCUAGUACAGAUUUGAGCAGUAAUGACUACCGUGAAUGUCUCCAACCAAAGAGUUUUAAAAUUUGCCAUGACAAAGGCACUUACGAUGCUGUUAGUUUGCAUCCUGAUUGCCCAGAAGAGAAAAGAAAUAUUUAUUUAAAGCAUAUAAAUGAAGUCUUGGUGGCUGGAGGACUAUUUCUUUUAACCAGCUGUAACUGGACAUCUAAACAACUCAUAGAACAUUUACAAAAAGAUUUUGAUGUCGUUGAAGAAUUGUCUGUCCCAACAUUCUCUUUUGGAGGUGGAGCUGGAAGUGCAAAUGUUACUGUUAUAUUCAGAAGCAGAUGA